ACGAGUUUUCUUUUGUGAGUUUUUGCUAUUUCUGUUCCUAAUUUAUAAUUGGAUGAGCUUGUUAGUUUAUAAUUGGAUGAGCUUGUUGAAUCCCAAGAGAUAUACCUAAUUAUCUUAUUCACUGUGUGGUGAAAUAUCCUUAAGAACAACGUCUUUGACACGCUUCAAGCUGAUUCUCUUCUCCAUAAGGAAUUAGGUUUUGAUAUCUGCUUUCAAUCAUGGAUCCAACUACCAGUGAUAUCAACAAACGACACCGUAUUGAAGAAGAAGUAGAAGGAGGAGGAAACUCCAAUGGCGAUUUUGAGGUGUCAAUUGAGAAACUUCCAGAACAUAUAAUAAGUCAUGUACUGCACAAAUUGGAUUUGGAAUCUCUUUGCACUGCCACGUGUGUUUCUAGAACCUUCCAUUCCGCUGUCACGCCGCUUGUUUCUUCUCUUUCCUCUCUCGAUCUCUCUGAACGUUCUCUUGAUGAAGUGUCUCUAAGACAUGUUGUGCGUAGGUUCCAAGGAGCCAAGAGUUUAACUAUCGAUUGCCUCCAAAUGAAGAAUGAUUCCUCCAUUAUCAAUAUCCUCCAUGAACAUAUCAUAGAUUUGAGUUUGCUCAAAUGUUCUUCUCUGUCUUAUGACAUUCUCUGUGCAAUUGGAGAAAGGUGCCCCAACUUAAGGUCCUUGCUUAUAGAAUUCUCUGGGUGUGAAGCACCAGAACAUUUCAAAAGUAAACUCACAGAAAUGCUCCAAAAGAUUUCCUUGUUAGAGUCGCUGUCCAUAAAAAUCCGAGGGACCUUCAAUGAUGUAUUUGAUUUACGAUCUCUUGAAUUAUUUCUGCCCAAGAGUAUCAAAAAUUUGAAGUUACAGCAAGCAGAUUCACAUUCCUCUAUCCUCUGGAUAGAUAAGAUCAGGGAUAACCCUUGGUUCAAAUUGCUAAGCUUAUCUCUUGUCUUGGACGUUAUAUCAGAUGACCUUCUCAUCGCAGUUGUGAAUUCUCUUCCUCUUUUGGUAGAGCUGGAUCUUGAAGACAGACCUCGUAGAGAGCCAUCGAUACAAUCGGACUUGACCAACAUUGGACUACAGUCUCUGGAGGUCUGCCAGCAUUUGAUUACCCUCUCAAUUGUUCGAAGUCAAGUAUAUUUGUUUCACACUUCAUUUAAGAGAGUGGACAAUAUGGGCAUGUUCCUUCUGUCUGAAGGUUGUGGAGGGUUGGAAUCAGUGAAACAUGGCGGGUUCACCAAGGUUACUGAAGCUGGGUUUUCAUCAAUUCUGCACUCGUGCCAGAAUCUGAAGAAAUUUGAAGUGUCGAACUCAUCUCUACUAUCAGACUUGGCGUUCCAUAAUAUGAGAGGAGUUGCAAGGUCCCUAAUUGAAUUAAGGUUGUUAUCGUGCAGGCUUCUAACUAGUGAAGCCAUGGAGGAAUUGUCCUCAUUUAGUAACUUGGAGGUGCUUGACACAAGUGGGUGCAGAAGCAUUGCAGACCCCUGUCUCUACUACAUAUCAAGUCUCACUACACUCACAAAGCUAAACUUAGCAGAAGCUGAUAUCACUGAUAAGGGGCUUGCUAUUCUUGGUAGAGGAAACUCACCCAUUGCGCAGUUGUGCAUCAGAGGCUGUAAGAGAGUAACUGACAAAGGAAUUGAGUUUUUAUUUCAUGGGGAGGGGAAAAUUUGCAAGACAUUAUCAAUGUUGGAUGUCGGUCACAUGCCCGGAAUAUCUGAUGCAGCUAUCUUUACCAUUGCAUCUGCUGCUAAAGCAUUAACUGAUUUAUCUCUAAGGUACUGCUUUCAUGUGACUGAUGCUGCAGUGAAGAUGUUGGUGGAUAGACCAAGCUAUAAAUGUAGUCUACUGCAAAGACUUGAUCUUUAUAACUGUCGAAGUCUGUCUGAUGAUUCGGUAAUGCUACUUCUGCACAAGUCUUCUUUCCGUGGUUUGCGCUGGCUUGGUGUUAGAUCUCUCUUAGUCAAUAAAAGAGACGAUUUCUCCACAAUAUGCAAUGUGCGACCCUGGCUGGUUGUGUGUUUUGAGGGCUGCCAAUUCGGGUGCCAUGAUGGCUGGCAGUUUCACGAUAUUUUGGCUUGUUUGCAUUAGUUUAAAAAAGCUCUACAAAUCAAGAUAGACCUCCUCUUUGCUAUCUCAAGGGCUGGCCGGGCUAAGUUCCGUUAUACAAGUUCCUUUAUACAUUGUUGUAACAUGUAAAUUAGGUACUUCUGUAACUGAGUAGCAUAAGUUAGUGGCAGGGGUUAUAUAUUUUAGCCAGUUUUGUUCCUUUAUGACCUAGUUCACUUCAAGUAUGGGUGAAGACAUGAUCGAAUAAUCUUCCUUUAAAUGCAAGAUUUCUGCGAUAAAAGGCUUAUUUUGA